AUGUUCGACCUAGCACCACAUCCCUCUGCUCCUAUAAAGAGAACGAAGAAUUCCGAAAACUACAAACUCGCACCCGACCGUUGGCUACCACCACCUCUCGAAGGCGAUCACAACAUUUAUCUAGUGGAGCUUACUGGAGAUUGUGACCCUGCGAACGCCAAAUCAUGGUCCGUCUCACGCAAACUGAGGACUGCAUCUGUACUCGGCUUCGACACUCUCGUUGCAUCUUGGGGUUCAUCGGUCUACUCAUCCGCUGUUGAACCCGUCUCGCAAGAGUUUGGUGUCUCGAGCGUUGUUGCACUCCUCGGGCUGACAUUAUACAUCUGUGGAUUUGCAACCGGACCGUUGGCGUGGGCACCUUUGAGUGAGCUGUAUGGGAGAAGGUGGCCUAUCACAGGAGCAUGCCUCAUCUUCACCUGCUUCAUGUUUGCAUCUGCCACAGCGGAAGACUUUCAAACACUGAUGCUUUCGCGGUUCUUCGCUGGAGUGUUUGCAAGUUGUCCGUUGGCAGUAGUGGGCGGUGCAUUCAGUGAUAUGUUUGGCAACGAGACAAGAGGGAUCGCCAUCGCUGCAUUCUCUGCUCUCGUCUUUCUUGGUCCUUUCAUUUCCCCCAUCGUCGGAGCUUUUAUCACCCAAAGCUACCUGGGUGGGCGGUGGACCGAGUACAUCACCGGGAUUAUGGGGGCUCUCGCUUUCGUCCUGGAUAUCAUUCUGUUGGAAGAGACCUACCUGAAGACAGUUCUGCAGAAACGAGCAGCUCAGAUUCGUAAGGAGACGGGCAACUUUGCAAUCCACCAUGUCAGCGAAGAAGAAGUGAUCGAUUUCAAUGACCUGAUGCACAGACACUUUCUCCUCCCACUUAAUCUGCUAUUUAGGGAACCGAUUGUGUUCCUGAUCACCAUAUACACAGCGUUCAUCUACGGCAUCCUAUACCUGUUCCUAGAAGCCUACCCUGUAGUUUUCACCACAUACCGCGGCAUCCCCUCCGCGCUCGCAACCCUGCCAUAUAUUGGCCUAAUCAUCGGUGUGUUGAUCGGGUGCGGCAUCGUCAUCGCUUUUGAGCCCAGAUACAAUCGAAAGCUGAAAGCAAACAACAAUCUCCCUGUCCCAGAACAACGACUUCUACCCAUGAUGGUGGGCGCAACAUUGUUUCCAGUUGGACUGUUCUGGUUCGCAUGGACGGGAAACUACCCGGCAAUCCAUUGGAUUGUACCCACGCUCUCCGGUCUCUUGACAGGCGCAGGCAUCAUGACGAUCUUCCUGCAAGCAUUGAACUACCUCAUUGAUGCGUAUCUCAUAGUUGCCGCAUCCGCCAUUGCUGCAAACACCUUUCUAAGAUCGUUCUUCGGAGCAGGGUUCCCACUGUUCGCAACGCAGAUGUUCAAUAAUCUUGGUGUUGAUUGGGCGGGAAGCUUGUUGGGAUUUUUAGCGGUAGCUUUCUGGCCAAUUCCGUUCUUGUUUUAUAUUUACGGGGAGAGAUUAAGGAAGAUGAGUAGUUAUGCGCCGACGGAUUUGGGGAAGAAGGGUGGACAGGGUAGUGAGGAUGAGGAAGCGAAGAGUGAGUAA